AUGAAUAUCAUAUCUUCACUGGAUUCCCUUUUCUCUCCCAACAAAUUUUAUCAUACUGAGAAGUCGCGGAUCGGCUGCAAUCAACAAUUGCGGAGUAUGCCAGUUGGUUUCUUCGUUGGCCACCAACUAUCAUGGCAAACCAAAGUUUCAAAGAACAGACAUUGUUGGAACAAGCAGCUGACCAACUGCAGCAUGAGUACCAUAUUGAACGAACUCAAUGAUGAUCAAACCAUAGUUAGACGAAGUGCUAACUAUGCUCCAACCAUUUGGAAAUAUGAAUACAUACAAUCACUUAACAGCAAUUAUGUUGGAGAAGACUAUGUGAAGAAAGCAGCAAAGCUGAAAGAAGAGGUGAAAAUAAUGAUGCUAGAGAAGAUGGAAACCCCAUUCGAGAAAUUGGAAUUCAUUGACACAAUCGAGAGACUUGGAGUAUCUUAUCACUUUGAUAAAGAGAUAGAGAGUUGUUUGGAUGCAAUAUACAAUGAAACAAAUUGGUCAAAUGAAGUAGUUGAUUUAAAUGAAACAUCUCUCAGAUUCAGACUCUUCAGACAACAUGGUUAUAAUGUUUCCCCCGAGGAUUUCAACUUAUUUAAAGACAAAGAUGAGAAUUUCAAGGAGUCCUUGCACGAGGAUACUAAGGGAUUGUUGUCCUUGUAUGAGGCCUCAUUUCAUGGCUUUGAGGAAGAGAGUAUAUUGGAUGAGGCCGAAAAGUUUGCGAAGAAACAUUUGUGUGAAAAUCUAAACAAAUUACAGAAUCCAUAUUUGGCUAUGCUGGUGAAUCACGCUCUUGAGCUUCCCCUCCAUUGGACAAUGGAAAGAUUCGAGGCGAGAUGGUUCAUUGAUGCUUACGGAAAGAGAGAAGAUUUCAAUAAAGUCCUCCUUAAUUUUGCUAAGUUGGAUUUUAACAUGGUGCAAGCUAUACACCAAGAAGACCUUAAACAUGUAUCAAGAUGGUGGGAGAACUUUGGAUGGAGCAAGAAAUUGCCUUUUGCGAGAGACAGAAUUGUUGAAUGUUACUUAUGGUCCUUAGCAGAGGUGUACGAUCCACGACCUGAGUUUCAAUACUAUAGAAGGAUGGCCACAAGAGUCAACCAAGUAGCCACAUGCCUUGAUGAUAUUUAUGAUGUCUUUGGCACAUUGGAAGAACUCGAGCUUCUAAAUGAUGCAUUUCUCGGGUGGAACGUUAAUCUUGCAGUAACAAUGCCAAAUUAUAUGAAGAUAUGUUUCCUUGGCAAUGUCAAUUUGGUCAACGAAUUGAGUUACGAGACUCUUAAGGAGAUUAAUGUUCAUGCCCUCCCUUACCUUAUUAAAGCGUGGACAGAUUUAAGUGGGUGUUACAUGAAGGAAGCGAGGUGGUUCCAUGGGAAUUAUGUUCCUUCCCUUGAGGAGUACUUGAAUCAUGGAUGGAUGUCUGCUGGAACAGCUGUAAUGGCCAUUCAUGGGUAUUUCCUCAGUACUUGUGCUUCUGAUCCCAUCACCGAAGAGGGAUUGGAAGCACUUAAAAGCUAUGAUGAUAUUAUCAAAUGGACUUCUAUGAUUGCUCGCCUACUCAAUGAUUUGGGAACAUCAAAGAAUGAAUUGGAACGAGGUGAUAUACUCAAAUCAGUGCAAAUUCAUAUGCAUGAAGUUGGUGUCUCAGAAGAAGAAGCUCAACAACAUAUUAAGAAACUUGUUAGAGAGUCAUGGAAGAAGAUAAAUAGAGCUCGUGCAAGGCCCGAUUGUCCAUUUGGUAAGAAGUACGUGGAUAUAACAACAAAUAUUGCGAGGGCAGCUCAUUAUAUGUAUCAAUACGGAGAUGCGCAUGGGAAUAACAUUGAAGGAAAAAACAAGGACCGUGUCGCAUUGCUCCUCAUAGAGCCAAUUCAGCUUUCCUUUGAAUGA